AACAAACAACCACAGAAUUUAUUAAACAUACAACAUUACAGAAACAUUUUAAUAUGACAUUGAUAUGUAGUCUUCAAAACGUUUUAAAAACUAUGGUAAUACUAAAAGUGAAACUCAUAGUAUUUCAGUAUUUUAAAGGGAUAAUAAGGGAUGUUAACCACAAAAUACAAAGCAUUUCACUUAUGUUUGUCUUUUAAGUUAAAUAUUAAAAAUUUUAUAUUUAAAAAAUAUUCAUUAUUUAUACAGCACAUUAAUCAUCGAGACCCCCCUGCCCCCAUAGCUAAAGUCAUUCUAGGUCAGAAUACACGGAUACUGCUCUCAAUACUAGUAUGUAUUAUACCCAGUGCACACAUAUUGAUAAUCAAGGCUUGAACAGUUUGUGCCCUGGCUUAUUGCUGGCAACAGAGUAAUUCAGUCCGGAGUACAGAGCACGUCCAAAUGCAUUUUCAUCAAUAUCUGGCUCUGAUACAGCCAGUCUGAGCCACCAAUAUCUGGCUCAGGCACUUAUGAUAAUGGCCCAAGGCACUGCUCAGGAUCUUAAGGUAAACAAGUUGUCACCUAAUUCUGUCAGCCCAGCAAUCAAAGCACAUUUUCGAGAGGCAAUGUUCUGACUUCCGUAUCAGUCGUGAUAUUUCCGAAUAAUUCUAUACUUGUCAUAAUGAAACACAAGCACGCUUUUGGUAUUGGCCCCUCAAAAUACUAAGAAACUCGUGGUACCAACAUAUCAUUGUUUACAUUGUUGUGUUUUAACAUUUUUUCUGCUUUUGAAAGAAAUACAUGCUCAUCAAAAUAUUUUGACUAAUAAAAUGCAUAAAGAACAAAAACAUUGUCUAGAAUCUUGCCACUCAGAGACAAUCACGUCAUAAUAUUCUCAUGUAUUUCCUUUCAGAGUUUUAAAAUUGUGGGCAUUUGUAAUUUUAUAAGGUUUGUAACUUCCUUCUGAAAACUUAUGUAUUCAGAUGUCUAUGCAAAUAUCAAUCUGUAUUAUGCACCUUAAAUGGCUGUGUAGUUUUCACAUCUUGUGUACUAUGAUUUAAUUGACCAAUAUAAAUUACAAUGAUCAGUUACACUUAUUUAGUGCUUACUCUAUGCCAGGCACUGCAAUAAGCGUUUUGCUUGUACUAAUUCAUUUGAUCCUCACAACCCUCUUAUUCCUGUUUCUUACGGAUGAGGAAACUGAGACACCAAGAGGUGAAGCAAUUUGUCCAAUCACUUAACGUGGGACAUUUUAGUGGUUGGCAAUGCUUUGAUCCUUCAGACAAUGUUGCCACGUAUACCUUUGUUCAUGUUUUAAAAGAAUGUCUUUAGGAUUAAUUUGCCGAAAUGGAAUUGCUGGGUCCCAAGGUUUUAAAAAGUUUGUUACAUGCCUACAAAUAUUUCCCUUAGAAAGAUUAUACAGUAUUUACACUUCAUCCAACAGUAUGUGAAUGUCUGAUUCCUCACAUCCCUGACUCUUUGCAAUUUUUUUUUUUUUUGAGACGGAGUUUCGCUCCUGGGUUCAAGCGAUUCCCAGCCUCAGCCUCCCGAGUAGCUGGGAUUACAAGCGCGCACCACCACGCCCGGUUAAUUUUUUGUUAUUUUUAGUAGAGACGGGGUUUCACCAUGGCCAGGCUGGUCUUGAACUCCUGACCUCAGGUGAUCAACCCGCCUCGGCCUCCCAGAGUGCUGGGAUUACAGGCGUGAGCCACCGCGCCCGGCCGAUUCUUUGUAAUUUUUACCUAAAAGACAAAACAUUAUCUAACUGCUACUUUAAUUAGAACAUUUCACUUUCAGAGGUGGGACUUCAUUUUUAAUCAAUUUUUAAAGCACUCUUUGAUUACUAUGUAUUAAUCCUGUGUUGACAUGUCAAUAUUAGUUUCCAUGGUACAUUUGGAGGUGCCGUAAUUUGGGGGAUAAUUUCCAUAAUUUCAAAUUAUGUACAAGAUGAGCUUACUAAAUUUGUUCCAAGUGGGACGCAAAAUCUCUAGUAGCUGCUCCUUAAAACUUCUCCAUGACACAGAGAAUAAUUUUUAUUGGUUAACUAAACUUAUAAGUAAAAUAAUUAAAUCAACAUUUUGGGUUGCUAGGAAUCACUCACUGAUGAACUUCUAGCUCCAGUUUUUUUCUGUUUUCUUUUUUUUGCUCAGUCUAGGGAGGCUAUCUUGGGCUGUGAAAGACAUGUCACCAACCAUCACAGCUGCUGAGUGACUGCACGGUUAGUCAGUAGGUGCCAACGCCCUACUAGAAGAGCUGUCUGCAGAUUCCGAAGCCGGGCGUUCAGGGACUCCCGGGAAGGAGCCAGCGUUACCUCAGCCUCUCCGAGGGAGCCGCGCGCCCUGAACACUCCCCUCUUGGGAUUCAGGCCAAUCCGUUCAGCUCCCAUGACUUCAUCCGAGCAAGUUUGUCACCUCACACAGCGAAUUAAACUGUUUACCUAGAAGAUGAUCCAAAGGAAUUUCCAUUUCCUUCCAGAGGGGAUAAAAGGUUAUGAUAACCGAGAGAGCGAGAGGAAAAAAGGGGCACAGCUCGACCCAAACUCAACCUGCUUUCUUUCUCCUGGGUCUCCCAGUCACUCCUGGGGUUGUUAGUAGGCUUCAGCACGCCUGAAGGACCCUGUCCUCCGGAGACUCCUAGCCAAGGGAAAAGCAGAAGACACAAGUACUAAUUCCACUCUUCUGUGUGACUAAUUAAAAGAGGAGUCAGGCAGAGGGGACUCCUUCUUCAGUCUUUACCGACGGGGCAGGCUCGGGGCAGCUUUGAGACAGGCAGCGCCGAGGUCGCCCAGAUUCCCGACAAGCUCCCCGCGGGGGCUUCCUCGGUUCCUUGCUGUGGCCGCCGCCGCCGCCGCCGCCGCCGCUGCUGCCGCUGUUGCUGGGGUUGGGUGAGAGGAGGAGCUGUCGCGGACCCUGUAGAGUCAGUCUCUGUUGCUCUUUUUCCCUGAGGAGUCUUCCUUCCUACGUCGAGCCGUGACUCCCGUGCUGUCGAGGGGGAGUCCCCGCGGACACCUCGGCACGCAGUGGAGAUGCCUCUCUUUGCCACCAAUCCCUUCGAUCAGGAUGUUGAGAAAGCAACCAGCGAGAUGAAUACUGCUGAGGACUGGGGCCUCAUUUUGGAUAUCUGUGAUAAAGUUGGUCAGUCUCGCACUGGACCUAAGGAUUGUCUUCGGUCUAUUAUGAGAAGAGUGAACCACAAAGAUCCUCACGUUGCUAUGCAAGCUUUGACUCUUCUAGGAGCGUGUGUAUCAAACUGUGGCAAAAUUUUUCAUUUAGAAGUAUGUUCAAGAGAUUUUGCUAGUGAAGUAAGCAACGUAUUAAAUAAGGGUCAUCCUAAAGUAUGUGAAAAAUUAAAGGCUCUUAUGGUUGAAUGGACAGAUGAAUUUAAGAAUGAUCCACAGCUUAGUCUAAUAUCAGCAAUGAUUAAGAACCUUAAGGAACAAGGAGUUACGUUCCCAGCUAUUGGCUCUCAGGCUGCAGAACAAGCAAAAGCAAGCCCAGCUCUUGUAGCCAAGGAUCCUGGUACUGUGGCUAACAAAAAAGAAGAAGAAGAUUUAGCAAAAGCCAUUGAGUUGUCUCUCAAGGAACAAAGGCAGCAGUCAACCACCCUUUCCACUUUGUAUCCAAGCACAUCCAAUCUCUUAACUAACCACCAACAUGAAGGCCGAAAAGUUCGUGCUAUAUAUGACUUUGAAGCUGCUGAAGAUAAUGAACUUACUUUUAAAGCCGGAGAAAUUAUUACAGUUCUUGACGACAGUGAUCCUAACUGGUGGAAAGGUGAAACCCAUCAAGGCAUAGGGUUAUUUCCUUCUAAUUUUGUGACUGCAGAUCUCACUGCUGAACCAGAAAUGAUUAAAACAGAGAAGAAGACGGUACAAUUUAGUGAUGAUGUUCAGGUGGAGACAAUAGAACCAGAGCCGGAACCAGCCUUUAUUGAUGAAGAUAAAAUGGACCAGUUGCUACAGAUGCUGCAAAGUACAGACCCCAGUGAUGAUCAGCCAGACCUACCAGAGCUACUUCAUCUUGAAGCAAUGUGUCACCAGAUGGGACCUCUCAUUGAUGAAAAGCUGGAAGAUAUUGAUAGAAAACAUUCAGAACUCUCAGAACUUAAUGUGAAAGUGAUGGAGGCCCUUUCCUUAUAUACCAAGUUAAUGAACGAAGAUCCGAUGUAUUCCAUGUAUGCAAAGUUACAGAAUCAGCCGUAUUAUAUGCAGUCGUCUGGUGUUUCUGGUUCUCAGGUGUAUGCAGGGCCUCCUCCAAGUGGUGCCUACCUGGUUGCAGGGAACGCGCAGAUGAGCCACCUCCAGAGCUACAGUCUUCCGCCGGAGCAGCUGUCUUCUCUCAGCCAGGCAGUGGUCCCGCCAUCUGCAAACCCAGCCCUUCCUAGUCAGCAGACUCCGGCCGCUUACCCAAAUACAAUGGUCAGUUCCAUUCAAGGAAACACGUAUCCCAGCCAGGCGCCAGUAUAUAGUCCUCCUCCUGCCGCUACUGCUGCUGCUGCAACUGCCGAUGUCACUCUAUACCAGAAUGCAGGACCUAAUAUGUCCCAGGUGCCAAACUAUAACUUAACAUCAUCAACUCUGCCUCAGCCUGGAGGCAGCCAACAGCCACCUCAGCCACAGCAACCAUAUUCUCAGAAGGCUCUGCUAUAGGACCCGGUGUUCCUCUUGGUGGCAGAUACCUGCUAAAUGCCACUGACAGUGUUAUGAGAUUCAUUACUAUCUUAAGAUGUGUUUAUCCUCAGCUUAUAGGAAUCUUUCCAGGUCAACAAGUUCAAAUAUUCAAGAAGGUAGAACUCUCCUCAAUUUACACUGACUUUUUAGAGGUUCUUCCCCCCUCCCCCCCAGGAAUGAAACUACUUACAACAUUUAAUUCCUUUCAUAAUAUGAAAGAAUUGAUACAAGGCUAUUUGUCUCGUAAACCUGGUAAACCUGGUCUGCAGAAAAUCAAACUUACAAAAACUGUUGUGGCAAAUGUUAUGUACAUAUAUUGAUAUGUAACUGCAUUAGUGGCCAUUUUGAAUCACAGUGGUGAUCAUGUGAAUAUAUUUAACACUGUGUUAAAUUAAUUUACAUUGCUAUUUUAUUUUAAUCAUAAACAACUACCAUGUUUCUUAAUGUUUUGUGUAAAUGUAAGGUAAUUAUAGUAUCCUUUUAAACUGCAAGAAAACAAAGUUGUAGCGUAUUUACACGAAGGCGCAUUAUGUUGUUGUGUGUUUCAGUUUCGUAUUAAACUGAACCUUUUACUAAUUGUGAGCUAAAAAGAGAUAUAUAUAGAUAUGUAUAUCUAUAUAUAUAUAUGUAUAUCUCUACAUGUCUUUCUGUAGCCUCUGCAUACUACUAGCUGUCAUCACACCAGCGUACAGUAGCUAAAUUUUUGGUGCAAUUAUAGCAAAUGAUAAUGUUCCCCUUUGAACUUUUACAUUUUGGCAUGACAUUUCAGAGUACUGUGGGACCAUGAGACAAGAUUAAGUACGAUCAUGUUCUUUAUUUCUUAUUUUUAAGGAAAUGAUGUUGGUUUACCUUUUCCUAGUUGAAGAUAGUAAUUAGGUUUCUAAGCUGUAUACUGUGUUUAUUGGUGGCAGUGACACCAAAGAUAGAGGCAAUGGAUAGAAAUUUUUAAACUGGAAAGAAAACCUGAAUUACACUACAUUUUCAAAGUCUCUUGUAAUUAUUUGGGAUAUCAACAAAAUUUGAUUCGUCUGUCUAAUCCCUUGCUAGUCUUUUAAAUAUGUCUUUAACACAUUGUAUCCUUUAAUUCUUCAUUAAAAUGAAAAUAAGUAGAUGUUUCAAAGUAA